AAACAUACCUUUAUAAGUAGUCACUGGAAAUGGAGUCACACAUCAAAAAAAUUGUCAAAUAAUUUAUCGGCGUGUAAUUUUUAAGGGACACUUUCCGGUUAGUUGCAAUGUACCAUUCCUUAGGGCCAAGAGGUGCCUACCUCAUGCGAUCCUGUCAGCGGGAUCGGCUUUCCAGCUCGACCACCGCGGAUAAGGUGUCCCGCUUCAAGAGAAUCCGCUACGGGAGCACUUGCGAGGCGGAGAGGCGAGCGGCCAAGGCGGCAUUGGACGCGAAUGUGCCGCCGGCCAGGCUCUACCUGCGCUCCACAUCACGGGGAUUGCGUCGUGCCCUCCACAUCUAUAUGCCACGUUUCCAGUCCGACGAACACUUGGUCUGCUCCGAUGAGGAGCAGCGGUCAGAGGGCGAACUGGUGGAGUCACCUCUUCCAGAGCUUGGAUCGGUGUAACGACCACUUGAUUGGGGUGGAGCACCGCCUGCACUUGCGAAUAGGGAAUGAUUGAAAAAAGCGAAACAAUGCCACUAACAUCUGCUACCAAUUACAAUCGGUUGACGAUGGGGAAGAGCUUCUCCACCCGGCUGCUUCCUUUAGACAUCAACACGAGCACUUACUUUCUGGCUCUGCAUCUCGGGGCGUCUCACAAAUGUCAACGGAAUUGGUGGCCAGCUAACAAAAACUCUGUGGAAAUGGAAAAUCUGGGUAGCACAUUCUUCAUGGGCAGCAGCGAAAUUGUUAAAUAUAUUUGGAAGUGUUAGUUUAUUAAUUUAAACAAGCAAAAUUUUCUAAGAAUGCGGUUAGCUAGUAUCAAACUAAUUUGUAACUAUCUGUAUGUAUAUAUAUAGCUUGUGUACUCUUCUACUCAUGGAGUGAAUGUCUUGAUAACAACAUAAAUAAUUUGAAAUUGAUAAGAAUAAAGUGAGUUUUUCUAAAA